AUGUGGAAUAGUGGAUUUGAAAGCUAUAACAGCUCCUCCUACGGUGGCGCGGGUGGCUACACACAGUCCCCUGGUGGCUUUGGAUCGCCCACACCAACUCAGGCGGAAAAGAAAUCAAGAGCCCGAGCUCAGCACAUUGUACCCUGUACCAUAUCCCAGCUGCUUUCUGCCACUCUGGUUGACGAAGUGUUCAAAAUUGGCAGUGUUGAGAUUUCACAGGUUACUAUUGUGGGCAUAAUCAGACAUGCAGAAAAGGCACCAACCAACAUUGUUUACAAAAUAGAUGACAUGACAGCUGCACCCAUGGAUGUUCGCCAGUGGGUUGAUACAGAUGAUGCAAGUGGUGAAAACACUGUGGUUCCUCCAGAAACAUACGUGAAAGUGGCUGGCCACCUGAGGUCUUUUCAGAACAAAAAAAGUCUAGUAGCCUUUAAAAUCAUGCCCCUGGAAGAUAUGAAUGAGUUCACGGCACAUAUUUUGGAAGUAGUCAAUGCGCACAUGAUGCUCAGCAAAUUAAACAACCAGCCCCCAGCAGGGAGAGCAUCUCUCAGCAAUCCAGGAAUGAGUGAAGCAGGGAACUUCAGUACGAAUAGCUUCAAUCCAACAAAUGGCCUUACUGUGGCCCAAAACCAGGUGCUGAAUUUGAUUAAAGCUUGCCCAAGACCUGAAGGAUUGAACUUUAAUGAUCUCAAGGCUCAACUCAACUACAUGAGUGUAUCCUCAAUCAAGCUAGCUGUGGAUUUUCUCAGCAACGAGGGACACAUCUAUUCCACUGUGGAUGAUGAGCAUUUUAAGUCCACAGAUGCAGAAUAA